CAUCAAUGACUGUAUGAAUACAUGUGAUGUCAGACUUUGUUUGGGAUUUCCUUUUCCUUUGUAUGUCUGUCUAAACAUUACAAAAGUUACCGAUAAUGAAGAUCGAGGCGUGUUCAUUCAGCGGGUAUAAGAUAUACCCGGGUCAUGGAAAGAGGAUGGUUAAGGCCGACGGAAAGGUGUUCACAUUUUUGAACUCCAAGUGCGAGGCCGCCCAUCUCAUGAAGCGAAACCCGCGUAAAGUCACGUGGACUGUACUUUACCGACGCAAACAUCGAAAAGGUAUCGAAGAGGAUAUCCAGAAGCGACGCACCCGACGAACGACCAAAUUUCAGAGGGCUAUUGUCGGCGCUUCGCUUAACGACAUUCUGGCCAAACGUAAUAUGAAGCCCGAGGUCAGGAAAGCCCAGAGAGAACAGGCUAUUAGAGCGGCUAAAGAGAAACAAAGGGCACAAAAGACUACUAAGAAGCAGAUGCCGACACAAAAGGCGGGUAAAAAGAAACAGGAAAAGGCUGCAAAGGCAGCACCAAAACAGGCGGUCAGAGUGGGAGGCAAACGAUAAAAUGAUUUGAUUGAUGUCAUCAUUUUGUAUCAAUUCUCCGAUUGCUUUGGAUCUAUGUUUUGUUGAAUAAGAUAUCAAAUAAAUUAAUAAUUAAAAUGAUUUGUUUAUU